CAUUUCAGUAAUCGAUCGAUUGUUAAUGUUUUUUCAUUCUAAUUUACUUUGUGUAUUGUGUGUACAGGUAAAAGUAUACAAAUGAUUGUAUUAAGAUAAAAAAAAGUUUGUGCAAAUCACUCAACAAGUCCAAGCAAUCACGCAUGGGAGGUUGUAUACUAAUGCACAAUUUCUGGAAUUUAAAAGUUGCACUCCCAUUAACAAUAUGGACUACGAUUAUCUUAUUAAACUUCUUUGUGUUGGGGACUCUGGGGUCGGUAAAACAAGCUUCCUCUACAAGUAUACUGACGGCGUUUUCCAUACACAGUUCAUUUCCACAGUGGGCAUUGACUUCAGGGAGAAAAGUGUGAUUUACCAGCAAAAUGGGAGACAGCAUCGAAUUCACUUACAACUUUGGGAUACAGCAGGACAAGAAAGAUUUCGCAGCCUGACCACAGCGUUUUAUCGCGAUGCCAUGGGUUUUCUUUUGCUGUUUGAUCUCACCAAUGAAGCCUCUUUUCUUGAAGUUAGAAAUUGGAUUGAACAGUUAAAGACACACAGCCUCUCGGAAGAUCCAGACAUAGUUCUGUGCGGUCACAAAUGUGAUCUACAAGAAAAGAGGUUGGUUAACCAGAACCGAGCAAGGGAGUUUGCCAAGAACUACAACCUGCCAUAUUUAGAGACAAGUGCCAAAUCGGGUCAGAAUAUUGACAGAGCCAUCGAGAUUUUACUUGACCGCAUUAUGAAUAGAAUGGAGUCAUCAGUAGAGUAUGCAAUGCUCUGUGCAUCAGGCAGACGGCGCCAAUCUCUCCAAAAACUACAAGCAAGCAAAGACAAGAAGUUUUGUUCAUGCUAAACGUUUUAUAAUCUGUGAUUUGAUACUGUCUUAUACACUCUACUUACCUUGAAAAAAGUAUUGCUAUUCUAUACAAUUUAUGAAAAAUAUUUUUUAUUCUUCGCAAAGGUUUUAUAUUGUAACUUGGAACCAAAAAUUAUUUAUUCCUAAAGGGUCUAUGGUUAAUGAGACUGAUUUUUGUUUUCUAGUUCCUGGCUAAGUAUUUGUUUUACAUUCCAUAAGCCAUUACAACUGAAUCAUAGGUUUAAGUUUAAAAUGAUAUCCUACCUAGUCAUGUGCAUUUAUUGUUAUAUCUUUACUGUUUUUAGUGUUAAUGAUCUGAUCUGCUAACUUUGUAGUAUUUUUAUGAGAUAUUUAAUUGUUCAACACGUAAUGUUGUUCCAUGUUUGAAAUAUUAUUGAGAAACUUGAAUACCUUUAGAAAGUUCACUCCAUGUCAAUAGUGCAAGAGGUUCUAAUUUGUUCCUUACGAUAAGUGCAGGGUACCUAACCUAUCCUAGUCAGAUUUAUGGUACACAAUGGUUUCUUUAAGCAAAAGUCUUCAUAGAAUUUUCCUGUUAUGAAAAAUAACUUUCAAAAAUUCAAUUCCGUUGUUUGUUGCUUAAUGGAGAUCAUACACAUUGCAACACUUUGUAAACUCAAAAUUAAUUUGUAAUUCGUCAAAUCUGGUGAAAAUGUGAAGAAACCAAACAGUAAAUAUCAUACCUGGUACUUACCUAAUGUUGUCAUAGCGUAUACUUAUUAUAUUCACUAGAAUAAUUAUUUAGUUACUAAUUUGCUUGUUUUUCGUUAUUGAAUGUUUUGCACAAGUGUGAUAUUUUAGUAGCACAAAUACUUAUACAAUGUACCCUAAGCCCACUGAGUUGAUAUACAAAUGUUUUGUAAAAAUCUUAUGAUAUUUGAUAUUCAGGAUUUUAUUGAGGUACCCUAGUUGUAAUGUGUAAUCUGAAUGAAUUGAAUUGUUAUACAAGUUUACAUUUUUAAUCAUAUUGAUAAUGUAAGUGGACAUUUUUGUAAAGGUGUGUUUGGACUAACCCUGUAAUAAUAGUGGCAAUGUGAAUGUAUCAAGAUUCCACCAAAAUUGUCCGCGCAAAGGUUGCAGUUUCAUUUGCAUUUUAGAAAUGUAAUCGUCGCAGGCAAAUUGUUUCUGUUGUCCAGAAUAAAUAUUUGAGCGAAUUACAGUGGAAUCUCAGCUUUAUGAACCGGAAUACUAUAAUAAAAUUACCAAAAGCUAUAAAUUAGCAAAAGAUUCUAGUGUUAGUCCAAACACACCUAUCGUAUUUUUAAAAUAGACUUGAUAACGAAGUAUUUUACGUAGGAACCUAUUUGACGAAGUCACGAUAUCUUAAAGUAGCGACCCAAUGACGCUUCUGUCCCCCCUAGUAUUAAUGAGGAAGAGUCCGUUUGUCGUUAAUAAUCAUACCAGAAUUAUCCUCAUAAAAAAUAAGUAUUAUAACGUAAAACAUGCCCGUAUGAAACGCACACAAUUAAAGGCCCAGCUUCCACUAAAGCUUAGCGAAGCGAACUACUUUUUAUACGAUUGAUAGGAUAUCUUCGCUCAAGGAUACUUAUUUGGCGGAGGCGCAGUGUUUAGACAACGAAAUUCUAUUGGUUGUUUAAAAACUUAUCCGCACCGUUACGCUUUGGUGGAGCCUGGGUUUAAAUAGUUCUCAUAUUCAUUUUUGUCAAUUUAAAAUUAUAAACGUUUUAUUUACGUGCGCUGUUUUAUUUACGGGGUUUUAUAACUUACUAAAUUAUACCAAUAUUAAUUAAUUAAAAGUCUUGCCAUAAUCAUUAAGUUUAUCAUAAAGUAUUGUAAAUUCUAGUAAUAUCUUAUAAAAUUCGCUAUUAAAAGCGCAAAAAUUAAAAACGAAAUUUUCGUAAUUAUUGUGAUCGGCUUAAAUAUUUAUUAUUAUUAAAUAAUAUUUUAUAAUGUAUAAUUAUUAUUAAAAAUAAUGAGAUUUACCCUUGACCAAAUCGCGAUUUAUAUACAUACCUUAUAAAGUGUCAAUUUUGUGUACAAUUAUUGUCUAUUUGAUGUUUUCUGUGUCAUUAAAUUAAAUAAUGAUUAAAGUUUA